AUGAUUGACGCGGCGAGUGCCAGCGUGCUCCGGCUGGCGUCGGGCAGCACUGUGGAGGGUUUCGUGCAGGCCACGUCGCUCAACAUCCUGGCGGAGCUGGGUGACAAGACAUUCUGCAUCGCAGCGAUUCUGUCGAUGAAACACUCGCGGCUGGCCGUCUUCAUCGGAUGCAUGCUGGCCAUGGCGAUCAUGACCGUCCUCUCCACGAUGCUCGGCUCCGCAGCGCACGUCCUGCCGAAGGUCCUCGUCGACGGGCUGUCGAGCGCUCUGUUUUUCUACUUUGGCGGCACAAUGUUGUGGUCCUACUUUUCCGGCGAUGACGACGACAGCGACGACGAGCUCGCCGAAGCCGAGGCCGAGCUCAAGGACGGCGGGUCGGGCGAGCAGAAGUCGCGCGCCGCGAAGUUCGUGGCGGACGCCCUGCGUGUGCUUGGGCCCGUUGCAGCGCAGGCGUGUUCGAUGGUGCUGCUGGCGGAGUGGGGGGACCGGAGCCAGGUGGCGACGAUAGGGCUCGCGGCGUCGCGCGGGCCGGUGGCGGUGGCGACGGGGGCGAUCGCGGGGCAGGCGGUGGCGAUGGGGGUUGCGGUCGUCGGCGGGCGCGGGAUUGCGUCGCGGAUCUCGGAGCGCACGAUGUCGCUGUUCGGCGGCGUGCUCUUCCUGGUGUUCGGGACGCUGUCCGCCGCGGAGACCGUGGAGGCGUACCGUGCAGGUCGGUAG